CAAGCUCUCCCUCGCACUACGCACUCAACAACAGCCCACAACAGACGUACAAAAUGUACAAACUACUCAUAUUGUUGUGUGUUACCUCCGUAUACUCAAAAAGUGUCAUCGUGGGACAAGUGUACGACUACAAUGGAGUUGUGAGGAAGGUGUUCGAGAAAGUUGUUGAUUCAUCAUCAAUACCGCUGAUUAAAAGGGAGAAGGAAAUCGACUUUGAACUGCCGACGCCUCAGCAGACGAUAAAGGGAAUAGCUAUAAAGGAUUUGGAUAAUGGACUGGCUGAACCAGCGAUCACUCGCGGCGGACUUGGGUUCAACUUCGUGAAACUAAAAAUCAAAAGCGAGAGGGGAUCCGGGUUCAAAUACCUCGUGGAGAUCUACGCCUGAUUGUGAUAUUAGAAUUAAGUGUUUAAUUGUUGAAACUUCGCGUGGUCGUUCCAAAGCAGCUGAUUUUUUAUUAGCAAUAGCCAUUUUGUUUAAAUAUGUUUCAUACUUUUUGUUGUGAUUUCCGCAUUAUUGCCUUUUUUGUUUUACACCUUAAUAGUGAGGAUUUUAAAUCUGUGAUUAAAUUAAAUGAAGAAAGUGACCGAAAUACAAUAUUGUGAUCAAUAACGUUUAUUGGUAAGAAGCUAUUGAGAGGUUUAUGUAUAAAAAUUAAAUUUUAUUAGAAAGUG